UAACCCCAACCGUACGUAAUAUUUGCUCCAUGUGAGGUGCAGUGGAGAGAAGAGAAACUGCAGUAGAAUGCUUCGGUUUUCCUUGCCGUGGCUACGUUCAGCUACACUAAGAACUGAAUGCUACAGUCUGAAAUGUAGGAAUCUCCACACGACAGGUCCAGGAGGGCCUUCCAACUCUUCUGAUAACAGAUUUCUUGGCAGUCGCUUUGAUUGUGCAGGGAGAGCUUGGAAUAUGCCCUCAAGAUUGAGAAGUUUCCUCCGGAACCCGUUGACUCUGUUCUGGCGGACGUAUGCACGCUACGGAAUGGAAUAUCAACCCAGUAAUCUGAAGAGAAAGAGACGCCAUGGAUUCAAGUACAGAAUGAGCACUGCCAGUGGUAGAAAUAUACUAGCCAGAAGAAGACUAAAAGGAAGAAAAUUUCUCUCUCAUUGA